AAUGCAUAAAGGUGAGAAAGUCUUUCUUCGCUUUUAAUUUAUCGUUUCAUUCUAUAAACAUAGUAAUAUAUCCUUUACAAGAUGCAUAUAAAUCAAGAAGAUGAUAAACUUGAUGUUCAGCAUAUAGAAUCAAACCAACUAGACGCUGAUGCUCAGCGUUUACAAGAUUUGGGUUAUAAACAAGAAUUCAAAAGAGAGAUCAGUUUAUUUGUGCAAGCUGGAUUUGCUUUCUCAACGAUGGCUGUUCUUCCUAGUUGGAUGGUGGGAUUCGGCCCAAGUAUUAGCGCAGGUGGACCCUCUUCCUUGUUUUGGGGAUGGCUUAUUGUCUCACCCUUUGUUAUGUGUAUUGCAUUAUCAAUGGCGGAAGUCAUAUCUGCCUAUCCUUUAGCUGGUGGUGUUUAUUCAUGGUCAUUACUACUAAGUAACGAGAAAUGGGGACCAUUCAUGGCGUGGAUUAAUGGAUACGCCUAUCUGAUUGGAUUAGAAACUGUCACCAUCACACUAGCAUGGACUAGCUGUCAGUUCAUAUUUGCCAUAUCAAAUACUCUAAACAUAACACAAGUUUCCUCACAAGGCGCAUAUGUGGGGUUGUAUGUUGCCCUCAUGGUGCUUGGUACACUCUACAACCUUUUAGGCAUAAAGUACAGCACUUACUUGAACAAAUUUAUGGUCAUAUGGGUCCUCAUUGGUAGUUUAGUUAUUAUCGUUGGCGUUCCGGCCCUAGCUCCUACUCAUAAGACAGCUAAAUGGGUCUUUACAGAGUUCUCAAACAAUACAGGGUACAACAACAAUGGUAUGGUAUUCCUCAUUGGUCUUUUACAAGCAGGGUGGGCGUUAGUUGGUUAUGAAUGUGGAGCUCAGAUAGUUGAAGGAACCAGGAACGCUGCGACCACGGCUCCGCGUGGGAUCAUUAUCUGUGUCUUGAGUGCAAUAUUUCAAGGUUUUGUUCUUAUCAUUUCAACUCUCUUCUCAAUUCAAGAUGUAGACGAAUUGCUCACAUCAGAGGCACCCGUGGCUACUUUCUUUUUACGCGCAACAAGCAAUCCAUCUGUCACUGCUUUCUUUUUAGUCAUUUUGCUCGUUGCCCAAAUCGGUUCACUCUGUAACUCUAUUUUAGCUGCAGCUCAUAUUGCUUGGGCAAUGGCUCGCGAUGGAUGUCUUCCGUUUUCCAAGUUUCUUUAUAAGCUUUCGGGAGAUAAUCAUAUUGCUGCAAAUUGCCUGAUCGUCCAAUUGAUCAUUUGUAUUCUUAUUAUCCUUCCUUCGUUUGCAUCUACCAUUUACUGGCAAGCCAUUAUGAGUACAGCUGUCAUCUCUGUCAAUAUUUCCUAUGGUUUGCCACUACUCUGUCGACUUGUAUGGGCUCGUAACAAGAUGCCAAAGGGACCAUUUAGUCUUGGUAAAUUUGGUUUACCGCUCAAUGCGAUCAGUGUUGCCUGGGUCUGUUUCUUUGGUAUCAUCCUUUGUUUUCCUUCUGUUUCUCCAGUCACAACCAAGACGAUGAAUUGGGCAUCAUUAAUGAUAGGUGCAGUCAUGACCUUUUCAGUCAUCUUUUGGUUCAUCAGUGGACGACAUAAGCAUAUCAGGACAAUAGAAAAACAAUAAACAUAAGUUUUUACGUAAUUGCACCCUUAAAGAAAUCGCCUUUUAUGUUUAGAGUGCAACUAUGAG